ACCAUUCUCUCUCUCUCUCCAUAACCGACUGAUCAUCUCUCUCUCUCCUAAUUACUUCAUUUCCUCACUUUAUUUUUCUUUUUCGCAUAUGAAUCAUCCAAAUAUGUGAGAAAUAAAAAUAAAAAGGAAUCAGAAACAAAAAAGGUGGUUGAGAGAGAGAGCUUAAGCUUGGUGUAGCCAUUAAUGGGGUAAUUACUCAAGAAAUCUUCAAAAGGAUUCAUCAUCAUCACCACCAUCAUCAACAACAACAAGAGAAGAAGCUACAAAGCCAAAAAGAGAAAAAAGAGCUCAACUUUUUUAAUGGCUUCUUCCAAUAUUAAAAACAGCUCCAUCAUCAUCCAGCAAGAAGAAGAAGAAGAAAAACAACAACAACUUCAUCAUCAUCAUCAUCAUCAUCAUCAACAACCUCAAUUUCUUCAAAAUCCAAGCUUUGUCAUACCAUCAAACUCAAAAAAUUCCUCAUUAUUCAAUUUCCAAAACCCCAAUUUCUCUGAUCAUCAUCAGCAUCAUCCUCAUCAAUUGCCUUUCUCCAUGAAUCUUCCUUCCAUCUCUUCAAAUUUCUUAAGCAAAGAUGGAGGAGGAGAUGAUUUGGGAGAAUUGGAUCAAGCUCUUUUUCUCUAUCUUGAUGGACAAGAACCCUCUUCAACCACUACUCAAGACCAAAGACAGAGUUCGGGUAUGAGACCUCCGACGUUGAAUAUCUUCCCGUCGCAGCCGAUGCAUGUCGAUUCAUUACCAAUAAAAGGAAAUACAACAUUGAUAAACCAUGGUGGUGAUUCAAAGAUCAAAGCAUCUGAGCCGUCCAAAGAGUUGGCCAACCAACGCAGCAAUGGAGGAGCCAUUGCAUCUGCUCCAGCUCCAACCCAAACUACAACUACAACCGAACCUCAUCCCAAACCUCCUAAACGUGAGCCAAACAAGAAAGGGCUCACCUCAAGUUCCGAGCAAGAAGGACCCAAAACUCCAGACCCUAAGACCUUAAGAAGAUUAGCUCAAAAUCGAGAGGCUGCUAGAAAAAGCAGGCUGAGAAAAAAGGCAUACGUUCAGCAAUUAGAGAUGAGUAGGAUUAAGCUGACGCAGCUGGAACAAGAGCUACAAAGAGCAAGAAAUCAGGGCAUGUUUUUGGGUGGAGGAGCCGCCAUUUUAGGAGGACCUGACCAAGGACUUCCCUCCGGCUUCCAUAACCUCAGCUCCGAUGCUGCGGUGUUUGACAUUGAGUACGGGAGGUGGCAAGAGGAACACCACCGGUUGAUGUGCGAGCUACGAGCAGCGGUGCAAGAGCACCUACCGGAGAACGAGCUGCGAUUGUACGUGGACAGCUGCCUAGCCCAUUACGACGAGGUCUUGAACUUGAAGAUGAUGGUGGCUAAAUCGGACAUAUUUCACCUUGUGUCCGGCAUGUGGAAGACUCCGGCGGAGAGAUGCUUCAUGUGGAUGGGCGAUUUUAGACCCUCUGAGCUCAUUAAGAUAAUAAUGGGUCAAAUAGAGCCAUUAACAGAGCAUCAAAUAUUAAACAUUUGUGCACUGCAACAAUCAACACAAGAAAGUGAAGAAGCAUUGUCUCAAGGACUUGAAGCCCUAAAUCAAUCGUUAUCAGACACUAUCACCUCUGAUUCAUUGAGCAGCCCUCCAAAUAUGGCUAACUAUAUGGGCCAAAUGACUUUAGCCAUCAAUAAGCUCUCUACUCUUGAAGGCUUUGUAAGACAGGCAGACAACUUGAGACACCAAACGGUUCACCGACUGCAACAAAUGUUGACAACUCGACAAGCAGCAAGAUGUUUGUUAGCCAUUGCUGAAUAUUUCCAUAGGCUUCGAGCUUUGAGUUCCUUGUGGUUGGCUCGUCCAAGGCAAGAUUAAUAAUCCCAACUCUUCUCUAAACCAUAUUAUAUAAUUAAUAUAUAUCUUACCAAAUUUACGACCCUCAUUAUAAUUUAACUCCCCACAAUAUAAUCUCUUUAACUUCUCUUCUCCUUUCUCUAAAAAUAUAACUAUAUACAAACAACAAUAAUAUAUAGAACAAAUUAAAUAUUUCUUCGUCUUCAUCAACAACCCUCAUCUCCUUAAUUUGAUCUCUAGAAUUAUUGUCAUUUUCAUGAAGCGUUCUCUCUCUUUAGCAUAUACCUCUUCUCUUAACGUCGAGGUUUAAAUUCUGAUACUUCUCCACAGGUUGCAGUGAACAAAAAAAGACAGUUAGAAGUAUAAAAUAAAUAGAUAGACACAAGAAAAUUAGUUUUGUUUAUCUUUUUGAAUUCAUCUAGCAUCUAGUGGAGGAUUUGAAUCUAUCCCAUUUUAUAGUUGAAAGGUAUAUGUAUUUAACUGUUUGAGUUAUGCUGUUGACAUAAAAUAAUAUUUUGAAUUAAGAAUCUGAUCUCUCAAACACUCUUAGAAUGAA